AUAACCGGUGCCCCCAAGUACCAACUCCAGCCCAGGUCACUAAAAGUCUAAAACACGAGCUUCUUUCUGGGCGGGAAACCAUUAUAGGGUUUCAAAAAGGCGAUUGAACCCUCGAAGCCAUUAUCGAUCACCAUAAGUUCACAGAGACCUUGCGAUCAACUCUAACAAUGGCGGGAAGGGCAUCGAGCCAUGAUCAAAGGCUUCUUCCCACAAUGGAUAGAGAUGCCAUUAACGAGAUUACGCACAAUUGGAGCGGUUUCUGCAUCGUUACAGAGAAGCUCCUCCAAGAUAAGAACGAUCCAUUCAAGGAGUCGGAGUUUGUUGCGUUUGUAAGUGCUCUAUCCAAGCACGGUUUAUCAUCUCUGGUCCAGGAUUACUUUCUUCAAGCUCUCGAGGAAACAUUUAGGACAAAUAGCGUGGCUAAGUUUUGGAGGCAUUUUGAUGCAUACAGUGAUUUUGUGGUGCGUGAGACAAACGUCGCCACUGAUGAUUGGGUACGAGAAGCUCUACACGAAUCAUUGGAAGAAAUUUCCUCAGAGAAACUGUUUCAGGAGAAGUGCCUGUCCUUUUUAUUACGUGCCCUUCAAGCUCCCCAAGGCAGUAAAGGCAGACAGGCCAAGGCAUCAGACUCGAAAAGCACAACUGUAGACCUUCUCUCUAGAUAUCAUUUGAUGGUGGCCUCCAUUUUGUUGACGAUGCUUCCUCGUUACUUUCCUGAGAUACUUCGAUUGUACUUCAAGGAAAGAUUGGAGGAGUUAAGUCUAGUGAUGAGUGAACAAAAUGAGGAUGGAGACAAACUACUAUUUCCAGAUAAGAACAGAACAGAGAGCAAUUAUAAGCACUUCUAUUCUGCCAUUGAUGAAAUGGAUCAUGAAAGUCAUCAUGAGACGGUACUUUUUGAAAGCAAACUGGUUGGGAAAGCUUGGAUUUCGAAAGUUGGUAAGGUUGUUCAGGAUCUCAGAAGCCUUGGAUUUAUAUCCAUGACGGAAGAUGCCUAUUCUUGUGCUAUAUUCUUGCUUUUAAAAAGAAAAGUUGAAAUUUUGGCUGGAGAUGAUUAUCGAACUCCAGUAUUAGACUCCAUCAAAGAGUGGAUUCAGGCUGUUCCUCUACAGUUUCUAUCAGCUCUUCUUUCAUAUUUGGGGGAUUCAAUUGGCCAUGAAAAGGGUUCAUCUGGUUACAUUUCGCCCCUGGCUUCUUGUCCUCCAUUGGAUUUCGGGCAAGAAAGCCCUUCUGAAGGGCUCAUCAGAUGGAAGUUGCGCCUUGAAUAUUUCGCCUAUGAGACGUUGCAAGAUCUAAGGAUUGACAAACUUUUUGAAAUCAUUGUGGAUUACCCUGAUAGCUGUCCUGCAAUUGAAGACUUGAAGCACUGUCUUGAAAAUACUGGACAACAUUCAAAGCUUGUUGAUUCAUUUAUUUCUGCCCUAAGAUAUCGACUGCUAACAGCUGGUGCUUCGACAAAUGACAUUUUGCACCAAUAUGUAUCAACUAUCAAAGCACUGCGAACAAUUGAUCCAACUGGUGUGUUCCUUGAAGCAGUGGGGGAGCCAAUAAGGGACUAUUUAAGAGGAAGAAAGGACACUAUAAAAUGCCUUGUGACCAUGCUUACUGAUGGUAGUGGUGGAAAUUCUAGUGGACCAGGAAGUACUGGAGAUAGCCUCCUUGAAGAAUUGAUUAGGGAUGCAGGAGAGCAGGAGACUAGCAUUUAUGAUGAUGAAUUUGACUCUGAGGACAAGCAAGCGUGGUCUACUGCUCAGAGCUGGGAACCUGACCCAAUAGAUGCGGAUCCAUUAAAGGGAAGCAGGAACAGAAGGAAGAUUGACAUUCUUGGAAUGAUUGUCAACAUAAUUGGCUCAAAAGAUCAGCUUGUAAAUGAGUAUCGUGUUAUGCUGGCUGAAAAGCUGCUGAACAAAUCUGACUAUGAAAUUGACUCAGAAAUUCGUACUCUAGAACUCCUUAAGAUACAUUUUGGAGAGAGCAGCAUGCAAAGGUGUGAAAUUAUGCUGAAUGACCUGAUUGACUCCAAGCGAACAAACGCCAAUAUUAAGGCGAGUUUGACACAGCUAUCUCAGAAAGGAAUUGAUCAAGGAGAUAAUGAACUGUUACUUGAUCAUCUUGAUGCUACCAUAAUAUCUUCGAAUUUCUGGCCUCCAUUUCAGGCAGAAUCUGUCAAUAUUCCUGCAGCAAUGGACAAAUUGCUUGAUGAUUACGCAAAGAGAUUCCAUGAAAUCAAAACUCCCCGAAAACUUCUAUGGAAGAAAAAUCUGGGGACUGUCAAGUUAGAACUGCAGUUCGAAGAUCGUUCCCUCCAAUUCAAUGUGGCUCCAGUUCAUGCGGCAAUUAUAAUGCAUUUCCAAGAACAAACACGUUGGACUUCUAAGAACCUUGCCGUUGCUGUUGGGGUGCCUGUGGAUACUCUUAAUAGAAGGAUAAGUUUUUGGAUAAGCAAGGGUGUCAUAGUGGAGUCAGUAGGAUCAGAAUGCGACGAUCAUGUAUUUACUCUUCUUGAAGAUGUCAGUGAUGCAAACAGGAAUAUCAUCAACAGUGGGAGCUGUGAGGGGCUUCUUGCUGCUGAUGAGGAGGGUGAGAGAUCGAUGGCUUCUGUUGAGGAUCAACUCCAGAAAGAAAUGACCAUUUAUGAGAAAUUUAUUAUUGGAAUGCUGACAAACUUUGGCACUAUGCCAUUGGAUCGAAUCCACAACACGCUAAAGAUGUUCUGUGGCACUGACCUUCAUUACGACAAGUCUCUCCAACAGCUGCAGAGCUUCCUGUCUGGUCUAAUUUCUGAAGAGAAAUUAGAAUUCAGAGAUGGACAAUACAUGCUGAGGAGGUAGUCAUACUCAUCAGAGCAUGUUUAUGUGCGAAAUGCUCAAGGAACCAUGACUCAGAGAGCUUAGGAUGAGAACAGGAAAUAGCUACCCCUUUAAAUCAAAGGGAUCUUGGAGCAACAAUCGAAGAAAUAGGAACUGCCUUCCAUGUGAGUGGAAUCUCAUGUACUUGGAACCCCACCAUCACAAAAACCAUUUCAAGGCCAAGAAACCAACCAAGAAACACCACGACCUUCACUUUGAGGACACCCCAAGUGCUCCCCUCAACACAACUUCUUAUAUCAUUAGAGCAAAGAACUGUGAAAUCACACCACUUGUGUGUUCUCCUUCACCAAUCUUUGAUAGCUAUGGCUCGAUGAAAGGAUUGCUUAAGGUUCGAGAGGCCGGCAAAGGAACUAGCGAAGCCGAGGGCUUGAAGCAAAUUGAAGAGAAGGUGGAGAAGAGAUUACUGUUUGAUGAAGAUGUUGAUGCCGGGAGGCUUGAGCUAUUGAGUUCUUGGCCUAACUCUUCUUGCUUGGGGCCCCGGAUUCUCGCCAUUAGAAUCAGGGACCAGGAUGAUCAGAUCGCUCAUUUGGAGGCAGAGUGCGUGAUGCUUAAGGAGAGGAUGGUUUGUAUGGAGGACGAGCUAGUGAGGUUGAAGAGGAGGACUAGGGUUUUGGAAUUGGGUGCUGAAGUUAGGUUGUUGGAUGUUUGCUCAGGUGGUGAAGCUUCAUUUGCUUAGGGCUGCAGCUUGAUUUACUUGAUGCUUUUUGUCCCUGUAAAUGUUGUAUAUUUGUACAAAUUUCUUAGUCUUCAUUAAGAUUUAGAUACCA